UUGAAGAUUUGUUAAAUGCAGGUGGUACAAAAGUUCUUGACGCUGGCUGCCAUCCCGCCGCGCCUUGGUUAAUGGAUAUGGCAAAAGAAUAUAGAAAUUGUAAAUUUUUUGGUACCGAUAUUUUACCCAUUCCUGAACCAAAAAACAAACCAAAGAAUCUUAACUUUUAUCAAUGUGAUACCUUGAUUGGAUUACCUUUUGAAAACAAUACCUUUGAUUUUGGUUUUGAAACCCGGAGGCUAUUUGGAGUUCAUGGAUCUCGUACAGUAAUGCACAAAUUGUAUGAAUAUAAAGGAAUAGAUCCCUAUAUUGUAUACAAGUUGCCAUUGAUGUUAGAAUUAACUGGGAGACUUAGCAACAUUAACAUGAAGAAAAAAGAUUUUAUUUCGGAAUGCCCGGAAGAAUUGAUCAAUUCUCAUUAUUCCAGAUUAUUCACAAGUUAUAAAAAACCCAUCGUUGAUUUCGUAGAUGAUUUAAGUUAUGAUAAUUAUGAUGAAAUGAUUGAAAAGGGUCUCAAAGAAUUUGAUGAAAAUCAUCACUUCAAUUAA